CCGUGGAAGUUGAGGGCGCUCUGCCUUCCCCUCCUACCAAUGCCUCGCACUCUGCCUGUCCGUCACACGUUGUGUACACUGGUACGGCGGGAGGCCUGACCCCCCACGAACCGGCGACUUCCUCUUUUUCAGAUUUCAUGGCGAUCGGGAGAGAGGGAAGACCACCGAAGCACGCACACUGUCUCAAUCCAACCGAAAUACAAUUAUUUAGUGAGAUCUAAGCAGACAGACACUGAAAGGAUUCUCCUGCUGGUCAUUUAUCUCACACCAUUGGAUAGGUGAAAGCAAGGGUUAUCAACUACAUGGCUUUCACCAAUCCAGUCAAGUCAGAGUACGUAUAAUCUUUAGGGAGAGAAGAAUGGAUGCAUUGUCAAAGUACUGAAACAGGCCCUAGGUUUAAAUUUACCACAGAGAAAGGAGAAGUCAGAAUACACACUCACCAAUACCACACUACAUGGGUGUUGCUCAGUGGGCAGUAGUGGUUUCUGGUGCUGGUGUUCUGUUGAAGGGGCUCCUUAGCGCUCUGUGCUGUUGUCUUGCUGUGUCCUGGGUUAGGACUGCCAGCCUAUGGCUCUAAUGGACAAACACAAAGUAAAGCGACAAAGACUUGACCGCAUUUGUGAGGGCAUCCGCCCCCCCAUCCUGAACGGGCCCAUGCACCCUCGGCCCCUGGUGGCCCUGCUGGACGGGCGUGACUGCACCAUAGAGAUGCCCAUCCUCAAGGAUGUGGCCACUGUGGCCUUCUGUGAUGCCCAGUCCACCCAGGAGAUACACGAGAAGGUGCUGAACGAGGCAGUGGGGGCUCUGCUCUACCACACCAUCACCCUCUCCAGAGACGACCUGGAUAAGUUCAAAGGCCUCCGAGUCAUUGUCAGGAUCGGCAGUGGCUUCGACAACGUCGACAUCAAAGCUGCAGCUGAGCUGGGCAUCGCAGUGUGUAACGUGCCAGCGUGCUCGGUGGAGGAGACGGCCGACACGUCCAUGUGUCUGAUCCUGAACCUGUACCGCCGCGUCACCUGGAUGCAUCAGGCCCUGAGGGAGGGCACCAGGGCCUCCAGCGUGGAGCAGAUCAGGGAGGUGGCCGGGGGAGCUGCCCGCAUCCGGGGGGAGACGUUGGGCAUCAUCGGCCUGGGUCGUGUGGGCCAGGCGGUGGCUCUGCGGGCCAAGGCGUUUGGUUUCGGGGUGAUCUUCUACGACCCCUACCUGCCUGACGGAGUGGAGCGCUCCCUGGGCCUGCAGAGGAUGACUACGCUCCAAGACCUGCUCAUCCACUCUGACUGUGUCUCUCUACACUGCAGCCUCAAUGAACACAACCACCACCUCAUCAACGACUUCACCAUCAAACAGAUGCGCCAGGGAGCAUUCCUGGUGAACUCUGCGCGGGGAGGGCUGGUGGAUGAGAAGGCUCUGGCUCAGGCCCUGAAGGAAGGACGGAUACGAGGAGCUGCACUAGACGUCCACGAGACAGAGCCCUUCAGUUUCUCCCAGGGCCCCCUGAAGGAUGCUCCCAACCUCAUCUGUACCCCCCACACGUCCUGGUACAGUGAGCAGGCCUCCAUCGAGGCCAGAGAGGAGGCUGCCAGGGAGGUGCGCCGUGCCAUCACUGGGCGUAUCCCAGACAGUCUGAAGAACUGUGUGAAUAAGGAAUAUCUGAUGGCAGCGUCCCAGUGGCCCAGUAUGGAGGCUGCAACAGUCCACCCUGAACUCAACGGAGGUGGUGCAUACAGGUUUCCUGUGGGUCUGAUCAGCGUAGCAGCAGGGGGUCUGACGGGGGCGGGAGCAGGGGUAGAGGCCCUGGCUCACGCCAUCGCCCCUGUGUCCCACCCCCCCCACACCUCGUCGCCAGGGCAACCCAGCAAGGCAGAGGCAGACAGAGACAUCCCCUCUGACCAAUAGCACCCCAACAUUCCUCCGUCACCCCUGGAAACCAACAACCCCACCGUCUCCUCCCACCACCAUCAUCAUCACCACCAACCCUCCUCUCCGACCUCAGGCAGAUUGACACUGGGGUUCCGGUUUGAUCCGGUUCGAUCUGGAUCUGUUCAAGCGCCAGUCCUUCAGAACACAGUACCAGCCCAGGAGUGACCUGCCGUCCACAAAAUCCCCCUCCUCUGUAACCCUUCCUCGGACCCACUCAACCCCCCCAUGGACCCCUAUCUCCCCUCUAUCCAUAUUCCCCCCACAACAACAAACCUUCAGCAAUAACUCUCUUCUAAAGUAUUCAAUUGGAUUGGUAUUUUCAUAUUUUUUUUUAUUCUUUUGAGGAAAAACAAAACAUUUAGUUAUUGUUUUGAGUAGCAUUUCUCCAGCAAAGCUGGACCGAGAGUCUGGCUGUUAUGAUCCGUCAGAAAGGCGUGAAGGGUUGGCCCGGCGUACAUUAGUGGCUUUCUGAUGUUACUGCAAUCCUUUCUCUUACGCCCCCCUCUCUCUCUCUCUCUCUCUCUCUCUCGCUCUCGCUCUCGCUCUCUCAUAUUUUAGAAAAUGUGUACAAAAGUAAGACACACAACACAUCGGGCUUCUAUUGUCCCGAUUAUUCCUCGCCUGAUCCUAGAUCUCUAUCUAGCUAGCUUUAGCCAAGUCAGCUAAAGCACAUACAGAUAUGGGUCCAGGCUACCUGAUUCCCUGUCUGUUGGCUAGUGUAGGGAUGAAUAAUGUCAGUGAAGAGCUGAAACCUGAGCAAAGCGUGUUACGUCUCCUCUGCCGCUACAGGGCUGUGUUAAACCCUGUGAGUCCUGUCUCUUCUCCUCAAGAUGGUGAACCCUCUCCUUUGGCAGGCGACAAUUCUCUUUCCUGCUUUUAUAUCCCCUUUUGGUGGUCUUAACAGCCGAGCUCCUUUUGUUCCAGCGCCAGUCACUUCCUGUUGAAAGGUCAGAUGGAUGGCGUCCUAUGUUGUGCUCUGUGUCGUCACUCAACAGGCCCUUGCCCACGACGUGGUCUUAUACUCAGCAACAGUUAUGUCAAAUGUUUAUUCUGUAAAGGCUGUCCCCUGAACCGGUGUGUAGCUUCAAGAUCACGUGAGAACAGUUUCAUAUCAGUAGGAUUGUGCCCCCACCCCCCCCCCAAAAGUCUAACUAUUGUUCAAGGGCCUUUUUGUUUCUCAGAGGCACUUAGCACCAAGUACACACGGACACACACAGCGAGCUUGCAACAUUGUUAGCAGUGGGCAGCACAGGUCAGCUGUGUAGGACUGAGGUUUGGCCAGCAGGGGGUACCACUGCCAUCUGAAUGCUCAGUCUGCAGGCUGUGCUCAGAGAGAGGGGCAGUGAUUUGGCUGCAGCGCUGAGCUGCGUGUAACCAGCCUGACAGCUACCCCUGGGUUUUUUUAACGCGUCCACACGAAGCAGUCAGCCGCAGGGAAAGUGAAGUACAACUCUUUUGCCGUGACGUCAUUAAUUACCUGCUGACUUCCAAAGACAACCAGGACGGGUGACAAGGCAAGGACUCGCUGUCUUUCUCUCUCUCUCUCUCUCCCAGACCUCUCCGAUCUUUUAUCGCAGUCCAUCCACCCAACCUCUCUCUCACCCCAUCCAGCCCUUGAAGAACUCUGCUCUCCACUAGUGCUUUAUCAGCAAGUGUGGAUCCACCCAUCCCUUUAAGAAUGGGCAGUGUUGCCAGCGAGUUGAUUCAACCAUCCCUUUAAGAAGACGGAGAUUCACCGUUCCCGUUAAGGCCAAAGGGAGAGUGUGUGGAGUCUUUAUUCUUACAUGAUCAUAGUGGCUUUUCAAAGGCGACCGUGUGGUCUGCAUGUGGACCCCUCCCACCCCCCUCAUUGGUUGUUUUGACAAGUUGUUGUCUUUCUGAAAGAGUAGUUCUUAACGCUGUCGUCUCUCGUUGUUUCAAGGGAAUACCUUUUUAUAGUACCUCAGUAACAGAUAUUGAAUGUACGUUCAAACCCUUUUCUUUUUUGUACAGCUUUUGUAGAGACCACUUUGCUAUUCUUGACCAGAAGGGUUGUGAAAAUUGUAACAAUGACGAUGAUAAAUAAGAACCCCACUCAAUAACCGAAUUGACCAAACAACUUUUUAGGAUUUGUCUGCAGGUUUUUUUUUUUUCACUGUCAAAAAUCUCAGGCACCGAGACCAGUUACUUAUCUCUCAUCUUCACCUUAAAUGUUAUACUUCAUUUGUUUCUCUGUGGAAAAAAUUAGCACAAUGCUUUCCCGUGAUUCUCCAUUUCGACAUCAGAUUCCAGUUGAUCUGACAAGCUUCUUCAACCACCCGUUCUACAGCACAAUGAAACUUGGAUUCAAAUUCAAAGUGUCAGCAUGAUCCGUUUUUAUUUUCUAGAAUGUAGAACUGUAUGCCUUUCUACUCUCCCUAAUGUCAUGCUGCUCUAGCUAUUGUGCAUGUGAGGUAUUUUUGGAGGGCAAACGCUAUUGGCCUAAAGAUUGUCAUCUUGUUGUCCGCCCUUUGCUCCCCAGUGCUUAACCCUUAACCCAAGUUGCCAUUUUGUGGUGGUCAGUAACCAGUGAUGUACAGUUUUUUCCCCCCUUCCUACCAGAGUCUAUGAGGACAUGGACAUGAGGACAUUAUAGGCUCCUGUGUCAUGUGAUGAGUAUAUAUUUUUUUAAAUAUCCCCCAUAGUUUGAAUUAUGAGCUUAAAUAGUGACCUUAAAUUGCCAUUGAUGAUAUUGAUGACAUUUUUUUUGGUUGUUUUUAGUUCAUCAAUGUGUUCAAAUCCAUUUUUUUUUUUUUUGACUCUUCAGUUGUAAUCGUGCUCACUUUGUGUUCUACAUGUUGUACUGACACAUUUCAGGAACAAACGUUUGAGUUGUUUUGUUGUUGUUGUCUUAGCCGCCCUGCUGUAUUUAGCCUCUCCCUGUAUAGUAGCUGUAGAGUUGCCAUGGAAACACUCACUGCCUUAAACACAGUUGACCACAGUAGGUGGGGUAGGAGAGACACACAGUCAGAUGAAACCCCGCUAACAACUCACACCGUAAGGACGUUAUUCAAUCAAACACUGGUUGACAAGGUUUCCCGGAUAAGUCAACAAUAACAUGCUCUCCACAGAGCUAAAAAGUGUAUUUGAUUUGACAUGCAGUUGAGUGUCUAAGUUUCACACUGCAAAUGUUUUGUUGAGUACAUCAAUCAAAAUAUGCAUUCUCUCAGUCCAGAAAGAACAUUUCUGGGUUAACCGGGUGAGCCAUUUUGAUUGAAUUUCCCCAUACAUGUAGUUGAGUAGGUCACUGUCAGUGCUACAGACUGAAGGAAAGUCCAUCUGAUAUUUCACUCUGGGGUGUGAGAAUGUUUCCCCUGCUCCGGCGCUCUGAAAGUCUUUCAUGGCCAGCCCCGAGCCCCCCAGCCCCGGGGGCUACAGCGGACACUGAUGUGGUCUGUCAGACCAGCUGAAAAGGAUGGAUACAAUUGGUCAAUUUUCUCUCUCAGGGUUGAAAUGCACACACAUCCUCCCGCAGCUUCUUCCUCUCCCUGUCUGUUCUGUGUUCUGCGCUCCUCAGAAUGUUGAGCAGUCUCCUGACUUCCAGAAGGCCCUCACCAUUCUCUCCCUUCAUUCGUACACCGUGAGUUCUUGUUUGGUUUUACCUUCUGUUCUUUGGCACUGACAUCUAACCUUCAUCUAGCAAUGAAUGAAUACAUGUUUUAAAUGAGCUGUGUGUAAUGUUGAAAUUUGGGAAAUGUAUUUUUACAACAUGUGAACAUGAGUUUUUUAAAGUUAUUUUUUUUGGGGGGGGGGGUGUCUUUCACUCAUCCUUUGUCGUGAAUUCAUUGAUUUACUUUCACCAGACUCCUGUAACGUCUCCUGUAACUAGGCUCUUAAGCUUUGGUUUUGUUUUGUUUACUUUUUGUAUUAGAAACAAUCAUGUUUGUGAUGGUAAUUUCCGAUGGUAAACUCCACACCGUAUUUUAAUAAAAUCCAAAAAAUGUA